UUCAUUCGAACGCUGCACCGAAGCGGAGAGUCGUGUUCCCUUCGCACGGACGAUCACCAGUUUCCGAAAAAAAAAAAAAAAUGUACGACACUCCCGAGCAGCAAUGGGAAAAGUGCAAGAAAGAACACUCCGAUGCAGAGAAGAGUCCUGGCAUUCACUUCAAUCGACCCAGCACUCCGUUCCAACUUGUGAUGCCAGGAGGAAUUGAAAAGUUUCAGAGCAUCCAUUUCGACAUGACGCUCUCCGAAGAGAUGACGACAGUCUCAUUCGAGUGGCGUUCAACAACAAGAAAGAUGGACUUGCCGCUGCUCGAAAUUCUCAUCGACCAGUACAAACCGGGCUUUCUUAACUACUCCAUGGAAGACUACGACAAACACAGUUGCGCGGUCUCUGACCCAAAUUUCAAGUUCACUAUCGGGAAAAGACACAUAGUAAAGUUGUUCUACGAUACCAAAGACUCCAUCCUUGUGGUAAUGAUCGACGGGGCAUAUGGACUGUUCCAUACGCUGGAGAAUUUCCAAGCUGGAUCCUUGCACGACACAGUGCGCAUCACGGGACAUGUUAGCAUCGACGCGGUUCACGUGCCUUACGACACAUCGCUGCCCCUGCCGUUGACCAUCCAACUGGAACCGGGAAAUCAUGACGAGUGCCUCUGUGAGAUUAGGGGAAAACGAAGAACGAACGGCUCCGAACAGAUGACUGUAACUCUCGGAAAGCGGGCCAUCUCUUUGCCAAUACACGGCAAAGGCGACACUGAAGAUGUUCAAGUGAAGGUCAGCCGUUCUGCCCGCGGCUACUUUGACGUCAGCUUUAAUGAUAAAUUAGUAGAAGCUUUAGACGUCAUAGCAUCUGAAGCGACAAUAGAUGGCCACGUGGACAUCUCGUGGGUGGAAACGGGCACAAGAGUGCAAGGUUCAGCCUCGGAAGUAUCAGAUGCAAAGCUUUGAAACAUGCGAUGUGUGACACUGAGGAUCAAAUGGAAGCAGUAUUCAUAAGGAUGCCCGAAAGUUACAAAUGAGAAAAGAUUGAAACUGUCACCAGAAUAAAGUUUUCUGCAAUGAAUGAUGAA